AUGAAUAAGAGUAGCCAGCUCGGAUCGGUGACCAGUUCCGAUCUGAUAGACGCAAAGCUUGAGGAGCAUCAAUUAUGCGGAGCUAAACACUGCCCCGGUUGUGGCCACAAGCUCGAAGCAAAGCCGGAUUGGGUAGGUCUACCGGCGGGCGUGAAAUUCGACCCGACCGAUCAGGAGUUGAUCGAACAUCUUGAAGCUAAAGUCGAGGGGAAGGACUCGAAAUCGCAUCCUUUGAUUGAUGAGUUCAUUCCUACCAUUGAAGGUGAAGAUGGGAUUUGCUACACUCAUCCUGAGAAGCUCCCAGGCGUGACGAGAGACGGUUUGAGCCGACACUUUUUCCACCGGCCGUCCAAGGCAUACACGACGGGCACACGAAAACGUAGGAAGAUCCAAACGGAAUGCGACCUCCAAGGCGGCGAGACCCGGUGGCACAAAACGGGCAAGACCCGACCCGUGAUGGUCCAAAACAAGCACAAAGGAUGCAAGAAGAUCCUCGUGCUAUACACAAACUUCGGCAAGAACCGAAAACCCGAAAAGACUAAUUGGGUGAUGCAUCAGUACCACUUGGGCCAACACGAGGAGGAGAGAGAAGGGGAGCUCGUCGUCUCGAAGAUUUUCUACCAGACCCAACCGAGACAGUGCAGCACUAUUAGUACUAAUCCGAAUAAUUCGGAGGCCCUUAAGGGCUCGACCUCCCGAGACUUAUCGACUGUAAAUGUUGUUUUGGACCCCAAAAUGUCCGGUUACAAUAGCAUAAUUGAUGAUCAUAUGCAGCAGCAUUUCAACAAGCCCGACCAUUUCGGCUUCCUCCCGUAUAGGAACGAGCAGCAGCAGCAGCAGGAGAUGAGUGGUGAGAGAGGGAACAACAUUGUUGGGGAGGGCUCAAUCGCAAUGAAUGUGAUGAGAAAAGAAAUGGGAGAACAAUCUGGCACGUGCCAAGAGCGUGACAUGACACAUCAUCAUCAUCACCAUCAUUCAGCGUUCCACGUCAGCACUCCUACUGUCUCCGCCAUUGGCAUUAUACCACCGACCAUUGACCAUAUUCUUGACCCCUUUCAUCAUCACGUGCCUAGGAUCAUCUUCCCUCAUCAAAAUUUCCAGCAUCAACAAGAAGAAGCAGAGGCCCAUCAUAAUAAUAAUAAUAAGGCAUCAUCCUCAACUGGAUCUGGGCUUGAGGAACUCAUAAUGGGCUGCACCUCCACUGAGAUUAUUAAACAGGAGACAUCAAUGGCAAGCCAACAAGAGGCAGAAUGGUUGAAGUACUCCAACUUUUGGCCUGAUCCUGACAACCCAAAUCACCAUGGAUAG